AGGGCGCCUACGGAAGAAGUUGCCGAAACUGAGGUCAUUUCAGAGGCUGUAGCGCUGACGUUCACCACCUUUUCAGAAUUAGAUCUUAUUCCAGAGUUAUUGGAGUCACUUCAGCAGAUGAAAUUCACCAAACCCACUCCGAUCCAGGUGGAGUCCAUUCCUCACGCACUUGCAGGAAAGGAUAUCAUCGGGCUUGCGCAGACGGGGUCGGGUAAAACUGCAGCCUUCGCGAUUCCGAUCUUGCAGAGCUUGUGGGAGGCACAAACGCCAUACUACGCGUGUGUACUUGCGCCAACCAGAGAGUUGGCGUACCAGAUCAGAGAGACCUUCGAUGCUCUCGGCAGCAACAUGGGCUUGAGAUGCGCCACAAUUGUGGGAGGAAUGGACAUGAUGGACCAAAGCAGAGACUUGAUGAGAAAGCCCCACGUGAUUGUGGCCACCCCGGGCAGACUCAUGGACCAUUUGGAGCACACCAAGGGGUUCUCUCUUAGAGCGUUGAAGUACUUGGUGAUGGACGAAGCCGACAGGCUUUUGGACUUGGACUUCGGUCCAGCGUUGGAUAAGAUAUUGAAGAUCAUCCCUAAGGAGAGAAUCACGUACCUUUUUUCCGCCACCAUGACGUCCAAGAUUGAAAAGUUGCAGCGUGCCUCGCUCUCGGAUCCUGUCAGAUGCGCCGUAUCCGACAAGUACUCCACCGUUGACACCUUGAUCCAGUCUUUGAUGGUUGUAGGUGACGGCUACAAGAAUACGUAUCUCAUUUACUUGUUAGAGAAGCAUGCAGGCAAGUCGAUCAUCAUCUUCACUCGUACCUGUGCCCACGCGCAGAGAACGUCGCUUUUGGCCAGAAAUCUUGGUUUCUCUGCGAUUCCGUUGCACGGACAGUUGUCCCAGUCGCAGAGAUUGGGCUCGCUCAAUAAGUUCAAGGCCGGUGCGGCCCAGAUUCUCGUCGCCACCGAUGUAGCGGCCAGAGGCUUGGAUAUUCCGUCCGUCGAUGUGGUCAUCAACUACGAUAUCCCAACCGAUUCGAAGGCCUAUAUCCACAGAGUUGGCAGAACCGCCCGUGCGGGCCGUUCCGGGCUCUCCGUGUCGUUGGUUACGCAGUACGAUUUGGAGUUGUUGUUGAGAAUCGAGGAUGUUAUUGGUAAGAAGUUACCAAAGGAGGUCCCUGAAAGAGCCAGAAUUUUGAGUUUGCACAACUCUGUUGAUAAGGCACUUUCUCAGGCAAUUAGGGACUUGAAGGAUUUCCAAGAAAAGAGAAGUACCAGAACUGGUGGAAUUGGUAGAAAGAGAGGAGACCAGGACAAGGAGGAGCGCUAGGGCUAGUGUAACGAAGUAGAACGGUUCAAAUGGCCUAGGGCAGAAUUUUAACAAGUGCAUGAACUUCCUCUGACUCUGUUAUAUGUAUAGUAAUUUAUGUAAAAUAUGUG